AACAGAACGUGAAAAAUAAAGGACGAUGGAGCAUCAAUUGGGGGAGUAGACUAGAGUAGUGCUGUAGCGAUCUGCUUCCGCUUCCACUUCCACUCCGAGCGGUCUCUCCUCCAUCUCCAAUUCGCUCACUUUUUUGUUCUCGGCAGCUCUCAGAAUGCAUUCCACUCACCUUCUCCUCGAGGAACCCAUCAGGAUGGCCUCGAUCCUCGAGCCAUCAAAGCCGAGUUUCUUCCCGGCAAUGACCAAGAUCGUGGGCACGCUCGGCCCCAAAUCCAGGUCGGUGGAGGUGAUCGCCGCCUGCCUCAAGGCUGGCAUGUCCGUGGCACGCUUUGACUUCUCUUGGGGAGACGCUGGCUAUCACCAGGAGACUCUCGACAAUCUCAAGGCAGCUAUCAGGAGCACCCAAAAGUUGUGUGCAGUCAUGUUAGAUACAGUGGGUCCAGAGUUGCAGGUUGUCAACAAAAGUGAGAAGGCCAUUUCACUUGAAGCAAACGCGUAUGUUGUUUUGACACCAGAUCAGGAGAAGGAAGCUACUUCUGAGUUGUUGCCUAUAAACUUCACAAAUCUAUCAAAGGCUGUGAAGCCAGGAGACACAAUAUUUAUUGGCCAAUACUUGUUUACUGGGAGUGAAACUACUUCUGUUUGGUUAGAGGUUGCUGAGUUGAAAGGGGAAGAUGUAGUCUGCAUAAUAAAGAACUCUACUACUCUGUCUGGGUCAUUGUUCACUCUCCAUGUAUCCCAAAUCCGAAUUGACUUGCCAACACUUACUGAAUCUGACAAAAAUGUUAUAAGUACAUGGGGUGUGCAAAACAAAAUUGAUUUCCUAUCAUUGUCUUAUACAAGGCAUGUGGAAGAUGUCCGACAAGCCCGGAAUUUCCUGUCAAAAUUAGGUGAUCUUUACCAAACUCAGAUAUUUGCCAAAAUUGAGAGCAUAGAGGGACUUACACAUUUUGAUGAGAUUCUGCAAGAAGCAGAUGGAAUUAUUCUUUCUCGUGGGAAUCUUGGAAUAGAUCUCCCACCUGAGAAGGUAUUUUUGUUCCAAAAGGCUGCUGUAUAUAAGUGUAACAUGGCUGGAAAACCAGCAGUCAUCACACGUGUGGUUGAUAGCAUGACUGACAAUCUGAGACCAACACGAGCUGAAGCAACUGAUGUGGCCAAUGCAAUACUCGAUGGAAGUGAUGCAAUCCUUUUGGGUGCUGAAACUCUUCGAGGAUUGUAUCCUGUUGAGACCAUUUCCACUGUGGGUAGAAUUUGUUAUGAGGCAGAGAAAGUUUUCAACCAGGAUUUGUACUUCAAGAAGACUGUGACUUAUGUUGGGGAACCAAUGAGCCACUUGGAGUCUAUUGCUUCAUCAGCUGUGCGUGCUGCUAUCAAAGUUAAAGCUUCUGUGAUUGUUUGUUUCACUUCAUCUGGAAGAGCUGCAAGGUUGAUUGCUAAGUAUAGGCCCACAAUGCCUGUAUUAUCUGUGGUCGUUCCUCGACUCAAGACAAACCAACUUCGCUGGAGUUUCAGUGGUGCUUUUGAAGCAAGACAGUCACUCGUAGUUAGAGGCCUCUUCCCCAUGCUUGCUGACCCUCGCCAUCCUGCUGAGUCAACUAGUGCGACCAACGAGUCAGUUCUGAAGGUUGCUCUUGAUCAUGGAAAGGCUUCUGGUUUGAUCAAGUCUCAUGACCGAGUCGUCGUCUGCCAGAAAGUCGGUGAUGAUUCGGUGGUGAAAAUCAUCGAAUUGGAGGACUGAAGGAGUAUAACCUUCUCUUUUAGUUAACUCUAUCAAAUAAAGUAUUGUUCAGAAAUCUAAAUCUGAACUGGUGAAGUUUCAAAUAACUAAGCUUGUUAAGAUUCCACGGUAUCUGAGAAAAUGUGAGGUAGAUUUUGUUGCUGUUAUUGAAAAUUUGGUUUCCUGGUUUCAUGUGAUAAAGGUGAAUGGGCAAAAAUUAAAGGAGUGUCCCAAAUUAUGUAAAUCAUCAAAAUCUGGCCUCUUUUUCUCUAUCAGAUAUUUUUAUUUCGAGGAUACUGCUUUUUUCAA